UUUUUUUUUCAGGUACUGUUAUUCAAGAUAUAAGUCUUAAUAUUAAUAAUAUUUCCAAUAAUUAUUACAUCUUAUCUGGAGAUACAUAUGGUCUUUUUGCUAUAAAUAAUCUUGGUCAACUUUAUUUAACAUCACCAAUACUCAAUCAAACAUCUGAAGAAUAUUUUGAAUUAACUAUUCUUAUAUCUUCAUUAUCAUCAUCAUUAUCCUAUUGUCGUACUAAUAUAUCAAUUAUACGAACACCUAAAUGGUCACACUUUAUUUGUCCAGCAGUACCAAUUCAAUGGAUGAUCAAUGAAGAAUCUCCUAUUGGUACAAUCAUUGGAACAGUAAAAGAAACUUUAUUAACAAUUAAUAAUUCUUCGGAAUUAAUCAAUCAUCUACAAUUUAAAUUAAAUAUAAAUUAUAAUGAUGCACAAUUCUUUCUUCUUAAUUCUCGAACAGGUGUAAUCACAUCCAACGCACGUCUUGAUUACGAACAAAAACCAUAUUAUUCAUUUUCAGUUAUCCUUGAACCUACUGAAUUAAAUUGUUCAGUAUUAAUUUAUAUUAAAUUAAUUAAUAUGAAUGAUAAUCCAAUAGUUUUCAAUAAUAAAUCAUUAAUUUAUAAUGUAACUGAAAAUAAUCUUGUUCCAUUCUAUGUUGGUCGUAUAGAUUUAAUUGAUAUUGAUCAAUUAUUUAUUUCCGAAUAUGAAUAUUAUCUUAAAAAUGCUUCCUCACAAAUUUCAAUUGAUCCAAUGACUGGUUCAAUUAUUUUAUAUGAAAAACUUGAUAGAGAAUAUCAUGGAUCAUUUAUCCAAUAUGAAAUUCUCGCUAUUGAUAUUCAUAAUCAAGGAAAUAAUUUAACAAAUCAAUUAAUUCUUUAUAUUAAUGAUUUGAAUGAUAAUGGACCAAUGUUUGAGAAAGAUAUUUAUUAUCUUAAUAUAAGUAAAACAAUUCGACCGAAUACAAAUAUAUUUCAAGUAAAUGCAACAAGUAAAGAUCCAAUAAUGAAUGGAAAUCUAACAUAUUAUUUAUUAAAUUCAGCUGAUUAUUUUUCAAUUGAUAAAUAUACUGGAAUAAUUCGUUUAAAACAAUCACUUUCAUCAAUGAUUACAAAUUUUACAUUGAAUAUUCAAGUAUUUGAGGAUGGUGUUAAUUUAACUGAUCAAAUGAAUUUAUUUAUAUCAAUUAUUAAUGAUGAUAAUGUUUAUUUUGAUCUGGAAAAUCAAAAAAAAUGUUUUAUUAAUGAAAAUGAAAAUAUCGGAACAAGAAUUUGUACAAUUGGAAGAAAUUCAAAUGAUUUUAUUUAUGAAUUAAUCGAUAAAAUGAAUUUUUUUCAAUUAACAGAAAAUAAUGGAACAAUUAUAAAUAAAAAAAUAUUCGAUUAUGAAAAUGAUUUACAUCAAUAUAAUGUAACAAUUAUUGUUAGAGAUCGAGAAAAUCAGGUAUGAGAAGAAAUUCAAUGUUUAUCUAAUUGAAAAGUUCAUAGAUAGGAGUAUUUUACAUUGCUCUGACAAUGGAAUCUUUUGCAUUGUUCAUUCACAUGAUCCGCUGCAUUCAGAUCAAAUCAUCACCUUAGAUUUUCACUCAAUUUUUCCUGGGAACCGAAACGAUGAGCACAGGAAAGUUAGGCACAAAUAAAACUAAAAUAAGGCUGUGGGUGUGGGUGAGGGUGUGGGCGUGGAUGAGGGCGAGGGUGUGGGUAUGGGCAUGGGCGUGUAUGUGGGUGUGGGUCUUAGUUGAAUAUAUCAUUUCGUCCACAUUCAACACAUCCACAUACACAGCCUCCCACCCACCCACACCCACACCCACACCCACACCUACACCCACACUCACACCCUCACACACACACCCACACCCACAUUCACACCCUCAAAUUUCUAUCACUAUCUAAAACGUUUCCUGUCCUUAUUUCUGCUAAACGAUUGUAAAUAUUUGACUUCGAAUUAUUUGU